CAGUCGCGAAAACAACCCAUAAUAACACACCCCAAAGCCCUCUUAAUUUAUCUCCUACAAACGCGUCCUCUCAGGUCGGCCUCAGGACCGUGGGGAAAAUCGGGGAGUCUUUUAUCAGAACCGGCAACUGACAGCGGGGAGGGGAGCCUUAACCACGCGGGACAAGCAGACGAUAUUCUCGUGUCGCCGCGACCGAGUGCGUGUGACGCCUCCUCGCUGUAGCUCACAGUGCCCUUUGACUGUGAUCUGUGUUUAAGAGGUUUUCCGACGCUCCAGCCACGCCAGGAAGAAAAUGCCAGCUAAACGCAUACCCACCAGUGAGACGCAGGAGGCUCUCACUGCCGCAGAAUUGGAGCCCAUGAGCCCCACAGAAGAGAAGAAGGCGGAUGACAAUGGCAAAACACAACUCAAGAAAGAGCUCGGCUUGGUCGAGGGAAUUGCGAUCAUCUUGGGUAUUAUCAUUGGCUCAGGCAUUUUUAUAUCACCAAAGGGUGUACUGAAAGAGACAGGGAGCGUGGGUAUGUCCCUGGUGGUGUGGGUACUUUGCGGAUUUCUGUCCAUGAUUGGUGCCCUUUGCUAUGCUGAGUUGGGCACUUCCAUACCAAAAUCAGGAGGCGAUUAUGCAUAUAUCAAUACAGCAUUUGGAUCGUUACCUUCCUUUCUUUUCCUCUGGGUUGCAAAUCUUAUAUUUGUGCCAACAACUAAUGCCAUAAUGGGACUCACGUUUGCCAAAUAUGUGAUUCAGCCUUUCUUUCCUGAAUGUGAAAUGCCUAAUUCUGCUGUUAGACUCCUGGCAGCUCUUGCAAUUUGUUUCUUAACAUUUAUCAACUGCUGGAAUGUGCGUUUAACUACCAAACUACAGAAUUGCUUCAUGAUAACAAAAGUUGGUGCUCUCUGCAUUGUCAUUCUAGCUGGUCUUGUGACUAUUUGCAUGGGCAACACACAAAACUUUCAAAAUUCAUUUGAAGGGACCAAGACAGACCCAGGGAGUAUUGCUGUGUCUUUCUACUCUGGUAUAUUUUCUUAUGCUGGAUGGAACUACCUUAAUUUCAUGACAGAGGAACUGCAGAAUCCAUUUGUGAAUUUACCUCGGGCUAUCUACAUCUCAUUGCCACUGGUGACACUGGUCUAUGUAUUGGCAAAUGUAGGUUAUCUGGCUGUUCUAACACCUACUGAAAUGCUGGCAUCAGAUGCUAUUGCAGUGACUAUGGCCGACAAGCUCUUCCCGUACUGCAGUUGGAUCAUGCCAAUUCUCGUUGCAAUCUCAGCAUUCGGUGGUCUCUCUGUGCAUAUUAUGACAUCAUCAAGGUUAUGUUUUGUGGGAGCUCGGCAAGGACACUUCCCUGACUGCUUAGCGCUUAUUAACUAUAAGUGUAACACACCAACGCCUUCACUCUUCUUCCUUGGCUGCUUUUCACUCUUAUACCUGUGCACGACCGAUAUCUACAGCCUCAUCGAAUAUUCAAGUUUUGUGGAGUCUUUAUUCAUCCUCAUCAGCAUAGCAGGACUCUUGUUCAUGAGGUGGCAAAGACCAAACAUGAUAAGGCCUAUUAAAGUGAAUCUGUUGGUCCCAUGUGCAUUCUUCCUCAUCUGCGGCUUCUUAGUCUUCCUUCCACUUUACGUAAGGCCCUUAGAGGUCGGCAUGGGAAUACUGAUCACUAUCAGUGGCAUCCCUGCGUAUUUCUUGUUUGUCUACCCACAAAAUAAGCCAGCGCUCAUUAGGAAAGUUCUAGAUAAACUGACAGUAAGUACUCAGCAGUUGUUCUUGUCCGUACAAGGAGAUGAAUGAAAAGUGACGUGCUUCAGCUUAGGAACUUUCAGCAUUAUUUUCAUCAUCCAUUUCUCCUUUAAAAUUACUUCAUUAUAUACAUAAUCAUAUUAAGAUUUUUUUAGGGAAUUAAAAUAAAACAGGAAAAAUUUCGUGUGAUAUGUCAGUCAUAAACGGUGUCCAAUAGGGCAAGGAAAGGUUCUACAGUUUUGAUACAUUUUCUGAGAGUUUCUCUCAUCAAAAUAUCGAUAACCUCUCUUAUAAAUGAUGAGCAAAGAGCUUGGAUCACGAGAUUGUACACAUACAGUUACUGAGUCUUUGCAGAUGAUUUGUAUGACAUUUUUUUAAAUACAUGAUGUGAAUUUUCCAUAUCUGAUAAACUAGCUUCACACUCAAUGUUGUUGUGCCAAAAGACAGUUUGGAGACACCGUAAACAUUGAGCAGCUUGAGUCUUUGCAAAUGAUUUGUAUGACACUGCCAUUUUUUUUAAAUACAUGAUGUGGUUAAUAAUCCAUAUCUGAUAAGCUAGCUUCACACUUAAUGUUGCUGUGCCAAAAGACAGUUUGAAGAUACCUUAAACUCUGAGCAGCUUUCACUAUUCAGCACUUGACUGGUAUUAUCUUUCACUAUGUAAAGUCCUAUGUAAAGAUCAUCCUAUGUCAUACAUUAGAAACAAAAAAGGUAAACUGAGUAAAAUAAAUACCUUGAAAAUGCUCUCUAUCAUUAUCAACUAAGAGACCCAUGAGUUCUUUUAACGGAUAUUGUAUUUCUCAUAUCAAUACACUUCAAGUGAUUUUACUUGAUGGACAUUGGAACUAUAGUCAAUUUCUAAGUAAUUUUUACUAACUGAACCCGUAAGUUCUUUGUUUACUAUAAUUUAUAAUCCCAUUUUGUCAUUCCUACAUAGUACAACACUGAGCAGGGUAUCACACCACAGAGACACAAUGUAGGACAAAAUACCAUGUUAGAUCAAACAAAAAUAAUUUCACUUACAUCAAUGAAAUCAUUUUAAGGACACUGACACAAGAAAUACAAAAUUUAUUAAAAGAAGAACUCAUAGGUCUCUUAUAUGAUAAUUAUAUAUGAAUGAAUAUAUCCAUGGUAAUGACAUAUAUGAAAAUAAGAAUGAACUGAAUUCACUCAAAGUUUUUUUUAGGACUCGUGAUAAAUACUGAGGCAGAAUGUUGUAAUUAGUACAAGAUGCCAAAAAGAUGUGAAUCUCAGGAAAAAAUACAUAAAAGUAUUGAAUUGUUUUUAAUAUUUGUGUGACAUUGAUGUUCAUAUGUAUAAUCAUUUAAGUAAACUGUCUUUAAGUAUUUGUGUAACUCAAAGAAAGACAAAAGAAAAUUACUUUCAUGUAUGAUUUACAGAUAUGUAGAGCAGAAUAUAAUAUAAUAUAAUAAUGAACCGUAUUCAUGGUGACAAAUGUAGAAAAGGUAUGAAUGAGAAUGAAUAUCUUCACAAUACAAGAGAUGUAUUUGACCGGUUUCGAUUAUAUCUUCGUCAGAAAUACAUGAAUAUAAUGAAUAGAAAUACAUGAAUAUAAUAUAAUAUAUGUAAUAUUCUACGGCUGGGUGAAAUUAGCCAGAGUACCUAUCAAAAAUCAAAAGAAAUUAUAUCUCUGCUUAUCUUUUAUAUGGGAGGUCAUACAUACUUUGAGGAGAGAAGCUCUCAGAAAAUAUGUCGAAACUGUGACGAAUUAUGUGACGAAUUUGCUGUGAUUGUGGUAGUUUUAGUACCAAUAUUGAAAAGGUUAGACCAGAAUGGUUGUUUAGGAAAGAGAGAGGAAAUGGUAUUUUUCCAAUUUGUAUAAUAUGGCGUGAAUGGAAAUACGUGUUAAGAGUUUUGAAUUAUAUGUUUGAAGCAAUUACUGAAAUAUUGUAAGGUUUCCUGUCAGAAAAUAAAUGUAAUGGACAUUUAAUGUUUGUGUUAUCAUGUUCAUAUUCUGAAAUUGCAAUAUAUGAAUUAAUAAAUUUCUGUUGCACUUCACCAAGGUAAUGAAAAUGAAGUUUUCAUAAUGAAUGAUUAUUUCAUUUAAGUAUUGUAUUGAAAUAUUAUUUUAGGUCACCUUAUGACAAUACAUUGCUUUUAUAUUUUAACAAAUGUAUUUUUUUUUUUUUUGUAAAAAAAAUAAAUGGCAGUAUGAAGACAAAACUUCUGUUAUUUUUUAUAACUUGGGUAUAAAAAAUAAACCUGAAAUGAAGAGAGAGGAAAUAAAGAUUUGUCAUUUCAA